AGUCUGUGUGAAGAUGUUUGGCGAGUUGUGCCGACUUUGCGAGCGUCCGGCGGCCGACGGCGGCCACCGAGCGGCCGAAUUGGACAAGCACAAGUUUCAAGAGUGGUGUUUGAAUUUCUUGGGCACGACUUUGGCCGAAGAAAUCGACGACCAGGACCUCUUCUGCUACUUCUGUGUCUGGGACGCUAGGUAUAACAAUACCUAUAAAGGUAAAGUUGAUCCUGAUUUGUACUGGUGGCCAGAAAAAGACGCUGACGCAAAUGCUCAGGAGCUGUAUAAAAACUACACAGCUGGAAAAGUGCAGCAGUGUUGGGUUUCUCUGGAAAAAUUGCCUGGUGAGGAAAAAGAGGGUGCCGAUGCUUGUGGAAAGGAUGAAUCAAGGUUAAAAAAGAAUUGCUGCUACUGUGGAAAAAAAGUUGUUGAAUUGACUCGGCAUAUGAAAUAUAAUCAUGCAGAUGAUGCAAUUAGAUGCAAUUAUCACUCACAGUGCAGCAAAUACUUUAAAACUGAAGAUGAGAGAGACGCUCAUGUCAAUGAAUUUCAUUUGAAGCCAAGAGAAGAAAUUCGUUCAGACUGCAUUUAUUGUGCAAAAAAAGGUAUUAAAGUGGAGACUUUACACCAACAUGUUAAAUCAAAGCAUCGUGAUGUGGCAAUCAGGUGUAGUGUUCGGAGUUGUGCUUUGUAUUUUAAAACUCGGGCUGAGUUGGAUUUGCAUUUUGAGGCGAAACACAAAAGCGAAGAAGAAGAGAAAAAAAUUAAAUGCUCAAUUUGCGAAUAUAAAGCAAAAAGUAUGGAUGCCAUUGAAAAUCAUAAGGCAAAAUAUCAUGGAAUACAACAAAUAAUAAAAUGUCAGAACUGUCCCAAAAUUUUGGGAAGUAAAUUUGAUUUGCAAUAUCACUUAAAGCGCACUCACAACUUUAGAAAAUGUCCUGCUUGCAAUUUUAAAAUUCCAGUCUGCAGUUACUAUAAACAUUUUACAAAACGUUAUUGCAAGAAAUGCAAAGCCGAAUUUGAUUGUCUGGACCUGCAUGUAAAGCAUGAGACGAAUUGCAACUAUGAAUUUAAAUGUGAACUUAGUUUGAAAAGUUAAAGGAACAAAUGCCUUUUGAAAUACCACAUGAACUUGUAGCAUUUAGUGAAGAAUGUUAAUUCUUCAAAACGCAAUAAAAGUUUAAAUUUUUGCAAAUCGAAUAAAAUCGAAUCAAUCCCAAAUAAAAAAUGGAAGUGCAAUCACUGCAGCAAAGGAACUUGUAACAAAACAAAGUGCCGAGAGACACUUAGCUCAUGAUCACAAUCAGAUAGAGAAAAAACAUUGUUGCAAUCAAUGUUCGGUUAAAUUUUAUGCUGCCUCACAACUGAAAUACCACAUUCGCAACAUGCAGAAAGUAAAAUGUAAAAUUUGCAACAAAGAAAUGAGCUUUCGCUAUUUAAGGGUCGCAUGAUUACCAUUCACUGCGCUUUAUAGUGAGAAACCUUCAGGGUCAGACUGGGACUGCAAGAGUCACGUCCAGUGCGGAACAAAGUGGUAACAAAGUGAUUUACAUUGCAAUUGAAAUGUUCACAUUUGCCGCAGUAAAUUAAAUUAAAUGUAUCAAGUUAUUGAAAAUUAUAUUAUAUUUCUAGGUUUUGAAAAAUUCAUUUUACAUUAUUUUUUUUUUUUGCAUAAGGAAUUGCAUUUGAGAAAUAAAAUUUAUUGUUUAUAACUUUGUACUUAAUUCUAUUCUGCAAACACAUAAAGGAAAUUUUCAUUGAUAUAUGAUUUUAUGAUAUAUUAGGUUACAA